AUGGAUACAUUUCUGUCCAGAUCUACAAUGAUAGAUGGAGUUAUGAUUCUUCCCGUGCUGCUGCUGCUGGCUUUUCCAUCACCCAGUCUGGAAGAUGAGCUGGAACUAAAUAUGGUCCGCUACGAGUGUGUGUGUGAAGGCAUGUCCUGUGGGAAUGGAGAUCGCUGCCAGGGCCAGCAGUGCUUUGCCUCCCUGAGCAUAAAUGAUGGCACUAAAGUUUACCAGAAAGGCUGCUUCCAAGUCUAUGAACAGGGGAAAAUGACAUGCAAAACACCCCCGUCUCCUGACCAAGCUGUCGAGUGCUGUCAGGGAUAUUUGUGCAACAUGAAUAUCACAGCACAAUUGCCUACUAAAGGGCAAACCCUCCAGGGAGAAGCUGUGGGUUACAGCAUGGAAAUGCUAGUCAUUGUUAUACUGGCUCCGGUGAUAGUGCUGAUAAUAUUUUCAGCGUUAGCUGUGCUGAUUAUUCGAAAAAUACAGCAAAACCACAUGGAAAGACUCAAUGCUAGGGAUGCAGAGUACGGCACAAUUGAGGGACUCAUUACAUCAAAUGUUGGCGACAGUACAUUGGCAGACUUAUUGGACCAUUCCUGUACAUCUGGAAGUGGCUCUGGUCUUCCUUUCCUGGUACAAAGAACAGUGGCUCGUCAGAUUACACUCUUAGAGUGUGUAGGAAAAGGCCGAUAUGGAGAGGUCUGGAGGGGUCAGUGGCAAGGAGAAAACGUUGCAGUGAAGAUCUUUUCUUCACGAGAUGAAAAAUCCUGGUUCAGGGAAACUGAAUUGUACAACACUGUGUUACUGCGGCAUGAAAAUAUUUUAGGUUUUAUUGCAUCAGAUAUGACUUCUAGAAACUCCAGCACCCAGUUGUGGUUAAUUACACACUAUCAUGAAAUGGGAUCUCUGUACGACUAUCUACAACUCACUACACUAGACACUGUCAGCUGCCUACGAAUAGUCCUGUCCAUAGCCAGUGGUCUUGCACACUUGCACAUAGAGAUAUUUGGGACCCAGGGGAAGCCUGCCAUUUCCCAUCGGGACUUGAAGAGCAAAAAUAUCCUUGUUAAAAAAAAUGGGCAGUGCUGCAUAGCAGAUUUAGGUCUUGCAGUUAUGCAUUCCCAAAGCACUAAUCAGUUGGAUGUGGGGAACAACCCCCGUGUGGGUACCAAGCGCUACAUGGCGCCUGAAGUCUUAGAUGAAACCAUUCAAGUGGACUGUUUUGACUCUUAUAAAAGGGUUGACAUCUGGGCUUUUGGACUAGUCCUCUGGGAAGUAGCUAGACGCAUGGUUAGCAAUGGUAUUGUAGAAGACUAUAAACCUCCAUUCUAUGAUGUGGUUCCAAAUGACCCUAGUUUUGAAGAUAUGAGAAAAGUGGUCUGUGUGGAUCAGCAAAGGCCAAACAUUCCCAACAGAUGGUUCUCCGACCCAACACUAACCUCUCUUGCCAAGCUGAUGAAAGAAUGCUGGUAUCACAAUCCAUCGGCAAGACUAACAGCCCUGCGUAUCAAAAAGACUUUGACCAAAAUUGAUAAUUCCUUAGAUAAACUGAAAGCUGACUGUUGAUGUUCUUGUGGUGCUGUCAAGAUGGAAGUCUUUUGUCCAGUUCAGAAAUAUUCUGGCCUGACGAGUUCUAGAACUGGUCCCGAAUGGCUUCUUAGAGGCAGACGUUCUUAUCUAGCCAUUCAUUUGGGAAACAAUGGAACCAUACGAACCCUGCUCAGUGACUGUCGUGGGCAUUUCACAAAGGGUCAAACUAUAAAGACUUAUGCUGGAUGUACUGUUGCAAAGAUAGUGGCCUGAAGGAAGACACAGAAAUCCUAAAACAAGAUCAGGGCAUUAAACAAUGGCUUUGAAUAGCUUUUUAUAGAGAGACUCCUAGUCACUCCCAGGACAAACACAUGGAAGUGGUAAAUUUUAAUCAGCAAUAUUGCCUGUGCUUCUCCUCUUUAUUGCACUAGGAAUUCUUUGCAUUCCUUACUUGCACUGUUACUGUUAAUUUUAAAGACGUGACUUGCCAAAAAUGAUUGGCUAUGUACCCCAUUGAUCUGUGUCUGAAUAGGAAAUCGAUUUGAUAAAUUGAAAAUGUAACUGUCAGAUUUUAGUGCAUUUUACAUGUGUACUGAUGUUUACAAUAAUGCUGAACAUUAGGAAUUUCUCAUUUAUACAAAACUUGCAAAUUAUUUAUUACUAAUGCACUUGCCAGUUUUAAAAAACUGAAUAAGUGCAUAAAGUUAAAGCUUAUUUUUAUGUGGCCUCUUUCAUUAUUUCUUACACAGAUGUUUUUGUAACACAAUAUAAUCUGAAACAGAAAUUGCUUUCUGUAUUAUCAUAUUACAACGUGUUAGUCACAUUUUAAAUGCUUCACUUUUGUAGGUGUGGUCUGUAACAUGAGUUCAGUUCAAAUGCGGAACAUAUAUUUAGCCACUACCCACACAACACCGCAUCUAGUGUUUUACUGAUCUAGAACAUGAAAGCAAUGUAGGACUUCAGUAGAUUUU